CCAUGACAUGACCAAAGCAUCCUAGCUUUUGGGAUUUUACAUGUUCCAGGGUUCCUUCCUCUCUAUCCCUGCACUUUAGUGCUUUGGCACUGAGUCAGUCUCUUAAUCCUGGCAAUUGUUAGCAUCCUGUGCCCAAUCCAUAUUUCUAAUUUCUUUUGAAUUUUUUUAAUGGCUCUUGUUAAACUCCACUAUUCUAUGUCCCCACUUUCAAGCUGCUUAGGUUUUUAUUUCAACAAGACAUGUUUACAGGAUUGUACCACCAAGCUUCUUCUUACAAGAAGCAAAAUAAUAGGGUUAUUUUGGACCAGGAUGCGAAUGGGCAAAUUCUUUAGCUCAGAGAAUGCGCAGAGCGUGGGGCUCCAUACGCUGCUGGCUUGCAAGUCCCAUCAGCCAGCAGAGCGCAUGGGAAGAGGAAAGCUGGGAACGAUCCUUGAAAAAUGACCUGUUUUGGAGAGGAUCAGAACAAACGCAUUGCACGGUAACUCUGCAGGCCUACAGAGCAGACCGAGUGCUUGUCCUGUUCAUUAUGUUGGUGGAUGUUCAUGCACAUGUGCAUGUGUGUUUCCUUUGUCAGGCUGUGUUGGAAUUUGCUGCCCCAUGAUCCUGUGCUGCUACGUGUCACACAAAUACGGAGAGCAUUGUUUCCUUGGGAUGUUGCCCGGUGGCCUGACAGCGUUACGGACUCACAUGCGCCUCUCCUAUGGGAUUCCGUUAUGAAUGACAUCAUCGGAGGCAUAUUCAAUAAAAAGUUUAUGGAUGAGCUGUUUAAACCCCAGGAGCUCUAUUCCAGGAAGGCCCUGAGGACCGUGUUUGAGCGGCUGGUUCAUGCCUCAAUCAUGAGGCUGAAUGCACCCAGUAUGGACAAGCUCUAUGACCUCAUGACCAUGGCUUUCAAAUACCAAAUUCUGCUGUGUCCUCGGCCCAAAGACAUUCUGCUCAUCACUUUCAACCACCUGGAUGCCAUCAAGGAGUUCAUCUAUGAAUCGCCCAAAACUCUAACCCAAGUUGAUGUAACCUUCCGAAGGCUGAUUGAUGCUUAUGGCUCGUGCUCUGCUGGUGAAUUUCAGCUCAUCCGGCAGACGCUGCUCAUCUUCUUUCAGGACAUACACAUCAGGGUGUCGAUUCUCUUGAAAGAUAAAGUACAGAACUCCAAUGGCCAUUUUGUCCUGCCGACAUCCGGUCCAGUUCCUUGGGGAACAGCACUUCCAGGAGUCAUCAGACUUUUCAACCGCAAGGGGGAUGAAAUUCAAAGAACGGAGUUCACCCACGGUGGGAAUUACGUUCUUCCAUAUCGGGAAGGCUCCUUUGACCUCCAUGGAGACAGAGUCCUUAAGCUGGGAACAAACAUAUACAGCAUCAGCCGGCCUGUGGAGACAGAGACGUCGGGGGCUACAAAAACACUGACAUCCCAUGUAAAGGAGAACACGGCUCCCAACCCUCUAGCGAAAGAAGAGCUGAACCUGCUGGCGAAGUUGAUGGGCGGCCUGGAGGUCAAGACACCCGUUGGCAAGGAGGCUGGCUUCCGUCUCAAUCUCUUCACCACGGAUGAGGAGGAGGAAGAGCAUGCAGCCCUGACCCAUCCAGAGGAGUCGCCGCAUCAAAUAAUCAAUAUACACGCAGACCAGGACCAACAGCGUAAUGAAGAGUUGGCUCGCAUCAUGGGAGAGUUUGAGGUGGCUGAGCAGCCUGAGCAGAAGAUCAAUAAAGGGGCUGAUCUUUUGGCCAUGAUGGAUGAACUCUGACCCUCAGUUUCAGAGAGAAAAGCGUGCUUGAUGCAAAGGACUGAUCAGUUCCUCCUGCUGUCUUGAUGUGGACAGACCCUAGCCAUUGGCCUUCUGCAGAAGAGAGUGGGCACCGAGGCUUCCUGCAUUAAUUGGGGCGGUCAAGACGGCAGGGUGCUUCAGUCCGUUGACCAAUCCCUUCUGUGGACUGGAGGACUUUGGGAAGCAGAGGCUUUAAGGGCAGCCUCCGUUCCUGUGAUGUUAAUGGCCUGGAUUGUGCCUCAGGGAGUUGGAAGGUAGACCAGCUGAAGAGACAGUAAAUGUUUAAAUCCUGUCCUUUGCCUGUGAGUGUAAACAAUCGCCCUGGAUAGACAGGUCUUUUGUCCUCAUUAGGAGGUACAAAAUGUGCUGUGUUGCUAGUUAGUUUAUGAGUGUCUAUUAAGAGCAGAAAGAACACUCCUCCACUUUGAUUUUGUGGCCAAGUGCACAUGGCAUGACAAUCAAUUUGUGUUCAGCUUCAGAAAUAAAGGCCAGAAACGAUA